GUGAAAACAGUAAACAGAUAGCAGAUUAUGCAACUCCACGUCAUCUCAUCACCACCAUCCAUUUAGAUUUCUCUUCAUCAUACUUUUCAUUUCCUGCUUUCCAAUCUUAAACUCAAACCAUUUCUCAAACACAAACACAAUCCUAGGAAAAAAUGUCCCUUUGUUAUUCCUCCACUUUCAUCACACUCCCCUCAUCCAAAAAUCAAACCUUUUCCAUCAAUUUCUCUUCACACUCUUCUCACUUCAUCAACCUAUUCAAGGUAAAUUCAGCUCCUUAUUCUCCUCUAUCAUCAUUUUCUAAAAAACCAAAUGAACCCACUAAGUAUACCAAACAAAAAUUGAAUCUUUUUGCAUCUAUUUCACCAUCUCAACCAGUUGAAACCACCCCAUUAACAUUUAGAACCAAGAAUCCAAAAGAUGUUAAUGUAUUGGUUGUGGGUUCAACUGGGUAUAUAGGAAAAUUUGUAGUGAAAGAAUUGAUUAAAAGAGGGUUUAAUGUUACUGCUAUUGCUAGAGAAAAGAGUGGAACUAAGGGAAGUAAUGAUAAAGAAACAACAUUAGCUGAGUUAAGAGGUGCUAAUGUUUGUUUCUCUGAUGUGACAAAUUUGGAUACUUUUGAUGAAUCUUUGAAAAACUUAGGUGUUAGUUUUGAUGUUGUUGUGUCGUGUCUUGCUAGUAGAAAUGGAGGAGUUAAGGAUUCAUGGAAGAUUGAUUAUGAAGCUACUAAGAAUAGUCUUUUAGCUGGUAGGAAACUUGGUGCUUCUCAUUUUGUUUUGCUUUCUGCAAUUUGUGUGCAGAAGCCUCUUCUCGAGUUUCAGCGUGCGAAGCUGAAACUCGAGGAUGAGUUGGUAAAAGAAGCGGAAAAAGAUGAUAGGUUUAGUUAUAGUAUUGUGAGGCCGACCGCGUUUUUUAAGAGUUUAGGUGGUCAGGUUGAUUUGGUGAAAGAUGGGAAGCCUUAUGUGAUGUUUGGUGAUGGAAAGUUGUGUGCAUGUAAACCUAUUAGUGAACAAGAUUUGGCUUCUUUUAUUGUUGAUUGUGUAAUGAGUGAUGAUAAAAUUAACAAGAUUUUACCUAUUGGAGGACCAGGGAAAGCAUUGACUCCAUUGGAACAAGGGGAAAUUCUGUUUAAGCUUUUAGGGAAAGAGCCUAAGUUUUUGAAAGUUCCAAUAGGGAUAAUGGAUUUUGCUAUUGGUGUUCUUGACUCUUUGGUUAAGGUAUUUCCUUCAUUGGAAGAUGCUGCUGAGUAUGGAAAAAUUGGAAGGUACUAUGCAGCCGAAAGUAUGUUGAUUUUGGAUCCUGAUACCGGCGAGUACAGCGAUGAGAUGACGCCGAGCUACGGGAAUGAUACGUUGGAAGACUUUUUUGCUAGGGUGCUCAGGGAAGGGAUGGCGGGUCAAGAGCUAGGUGAGCAAACAAUAUUUUGAGAUUGUUUUUAAUGGUUAAAUAAAUGUGAACUCAAUAGGUCAAAUAGUUUCCAUUUUUGUUUCUGUAUAAAUGUAUGUAUUCAACUAUAGUCACUUAAACAUUUACAAGUUCAAGCAUUGUUGGGGAAAAAAUCAAGUAUCUACUGAUGAUUCAUUUUUCAAUUGGA